CGCAGUUUCGACUUUUCGAGUCCGUCACGCUCACUCGAUCAGUCACCAGCAAACCGCGCGUCCGUUUGGAGGGUGUGCUAUACUUUGAAAAAGUAAUAGUAAUUAAUUAAAAAACAGAACAAUCAUGAGCACCAACGAAAAUAACAGUGAAGUGGCCGUCGACAAGGUCGGAGAUGAGAAAACCGGAGACGCAAAAAGUGAUCUAAAAGGAGCGAAAAGGGCAGCCGAGGAGAAAGUAACCGAGGCGAAAAAGGCGCGAAAGGAAGAAAACGGCGGCGGAGAGGACGAGGGUCACAGUGAGGAAGACGAUUUGGAGGGAGAGCUCGAGGGCGAGGAGGAGGACGACGAGGACGUGGAGGGCGAGGAGGGGGAGGAGGAUGAAGAGGAAUUAGGAGAGGGAGAGGACGACGACCUUGAAGAUGAGGAGGUGGAGGACGACGAGUUAGUAGGCGAAGAAGAAGAGGAUGAUGCGUAAUACGCCUCGUGCCUCAUGUUCACGGACAAUGUCACAGUGGUGUAUUAGUGUUUGUGACGCCCGGCCCGGCGGCUGGCGGCCGCGCCUCGCCCCAACUGUACCCCCAGCCCCCCGAAGCCGGCAGUUGGGAACACGCGUGGCCGGCGCUGCUCCCACCAAAACGGGUGCACUUUCUAAUGACAAACGUAAUUUAAGUCAAUACAAUGCAGAAAUAAAUUAAUACGUUUAUAAGUCUGGUACUUGUGUAUCGACGAUGUUUCGCUGAUCGCAGCGACGAUUUUUAUAAUUAAGUCUUAGUAGAAUACUGUUGAACUUUGUCAUAAAAUGUACAAAUGUGUUUUCGAAAGUAAACUUUAUUUUUAAGUACAACCUCCUGUAUUUAGGUUUACCUCCGUAUCCUUAUGGUGAAGUUGUGAUAUUUUUCUCCUCUCGAUCCGUUGUCCAUAGAUCGCGUUUCUAAAUCCGGCGGGGCUGACUUUAACGUAAAAGUAGUGAGCACAGUCACAAGGCUCAAUUCUUCAUUUUACUUGUUGUUGAUGCGAGUUUGUGUGUACAUAUUUAGCGUAAGUGGAUGCUGAAAGGUUUUAUAAACAGUGAUGUAAAAUAUUGGUUAUGAUUUAAUAAUAUUGUCCUAGUUUCCUUAGCUGUGUUUAUAACUGCCGAAAGCUACACGUGAACGUGUCGGUGAGACGACAUGUUUAAAUGUAAUUUUCGUUAGUGCGUCGAUUCCACACUCCUGUUAUUUUCAUACGUACAGCUUUUUAUUUCGAUUACCUAUUAAGUAUUAACUACAGAGGAGUUUGGUGCCGGCGAAUGUUUGUAUGAUGUAGAUUUUGUUCUAAGGAGUCUUCGCUUUGUUAGAAAAACAUCACAAUUUUGCCAUUAUCUUUUGCGAUCGCGCGUCCGCCGCCCGCUCCCCUAGCGACUGAUAAAGAGAGCGCGACGGCCGCAGCGCCGCGAUAGCGAGGCUAACCUUAGCCGGCCCGUAAAUUGUCCAUAUUGUUAGUAAAGAGCCCUCCGUUCGGUAUUGCAAUCCGUUCGGUAUUGCAAUGAUUCGAUGUGUGGACUAAGAGAUUCCUAGGCUUAACAUUUUAGUAUGUAAGUUCGUACAUCGGACGUGCUACGGCAGGGGACGCGGCGCGCCGCGGCGGGGGGAGGCGGCGUUGGCGUGGGUCCCCCUCCCGCCACGCGUGGCCUCGUUCGAUUUGCCGCGCGCCCGGCGUGGGUCCCCCCGCGCUCCGCCGCCUUCCCGCCGCCGCGCGCCCGCCGCGUCUGACGCUACCGGCCCGUACCAAGCGAUCGCAACGCGGUAGCUCCUAUGGAAAACCACAUUGCGCGUGUUCCAUCGCUCCUAUGUCACGUGGGGUCGCGUCGGGCCGGUGAUGUAUGACGAACGCCCGACUUACCGUUCUACGAGUUUACAUGAGUACGUUCCCACACUACUGAUUGUCACCGGGCUAUGGUCAACUCGAGUAGUAGAAUCGUAUUAUACUUAUUUUUAUACGAGUGCUCGGUAGAUCGGCGGAGUUAAGAAUUGAUGAAAGUUAAGAAAUGAAUUAAAAUUAUUGUUAAUUUAUCUGAACUCGUAAUAAAUAAUAUUAAUUAUUGACAUUGAAAAUAAAUUCAGUAAAAUCGUAUGAUCUUAUUAAUCUGAUGAUCCCGCCUUUCGUUUCAAAUUAUAAUGAGCUAUCGCAUAGGUGCCGUGUACGAUGUACGCCUAAUGUGAAUACCGUACCUUAGAACGACUUAUUUAUUUGUGAUGUUGAACACUUAUUGAUUUUCUAUGAUGAAGGAAAUGUAAAUACAACCGAUUUUAAGUAAAACGUUAUUUUGUU